AUGAAGGUGGAGAGCGGGACAUGGUCAAAGCCGGACGUCAUUGCGCCGGCUUCCGGGGGCCCCGGCCCGCGCGCAUUCCACUGCGCCGCAGCACUGGGGCGGCGCGUGCUCGUGUUUGGCGGCCACAUCCUCACGCUCGAGGCGGGGCGCAAGCGGCGGCUGUUUUUCGACGACCUGUGGAGCCUGAAUGUGGAGGACUGGGAGUGGCGGCGCGUGGAGGUGGCGGCAUCAUCACCGCUGCCCCCGAAGCGCGACAUGGCAGCGCUGGCUGCCCUGGCGGACGGCCGCCUGCUGCUCUUCGGCGGCCGCAGCGAGGCGCAGCGCGCUCUGAACGAUGCCUGGGUGUUUGACACAUCAACGUCUGCUUGGACGCAGCUGAAGCCCGAGGGCCCCCUGCCGCCGCCCCGCAAGAUGCACGCGCUGGCGCCGGUGCCAGCCGUGCCCGGGCAGCCGCCGGCCGCGGCGUUGUUUGGUGGGGAGAAGGACAACGGCCUGCUGGACGACCUGUGGGUGCUGCAGCUUCCCGGCAGCUGCGCCCUCGGCCCUGAUGGUGGCGACGGCGAUAGCAGGCAGCAGGAGCCGCCUGCGGCGGCGGCGGCAGCAGAGGGCUGCGGUGCCGUCGCAAGUUGGACGCAGCUACGGAUGAAGGCGGGGCCGGGGCCGCGGUUUGGCCACGCUGCAGUAGUGCUGCCGUCCCCGCCCUCUGCGCCAGACGGCCAUUCGGCCGAGGCAGCUGCAGCAGACCCCGGCGCGGCCCCCGCAGCGGCGCCCACCUGCAGCGGCUUGUUGGCCGUUUUCGGCGGCUGCAUGGACCAGAGCAGCUUCCCCUACCUGGCCAGGAGCUACGUCCAGACGGCUGAGCUGUGGCUCGGGGACAUGGGCGCCCUCACGUGGGUUCAAUUACCACAGCCCAGCAGUGGCGCCCCCGCCAGCGCGGCCGCCUCUUCCCAGCCCGCCAGCCCCGCGGGCUCCUCGCCCGCGGCGCCCGCGGCGUGGCCGCGCGAGCGCAUGUGCGCCACGCUGACGCCCCUGCGGGACGGGCGCGUGCUGCUGCUGGGGGGCCGGUGGCGGGAGGGCAUCUGCGAUGACCUCUGGUGGCUGGAACCGCCCGACGAGCUGCCAGCGGCAAGCAGCAGGGCCCUGGGCACCCUGCCCUCUGUGGAGGCCAGUGCACACACGGUCCUCAGGCCACCGGCGGGUCCCCAGACAUCCCUGCUACAGUCGCUGCUGCAGCCCUUGCGCGCCAAGGACGCGCCCCCACCGCCACCCCCGCCGGCAGCAAGCUCGCCUGCGCCCACGCCCGUGCCAGCAGCUGCGCCUGCCGCAACGCCCAGCGGCAGCGACGCCACCAGCCCCCAGGGCUCGCAGCCCGGCAGCCCGCGGCUGUCGCGCCUCGGUUUCGAAUCCUCUCCAGCCCUGAUGCGACCAGACAACGUCGGCGCGGGCGGCGGCGGCGCCAGCGGCAUUGAGGCCAUUGCUUCCGCAACGGCCCAAGCUGCCGAUGCAGCAGCAGCUGCCUGGCCCGCGCAGCCUGGUUCGGCCGCUGCAGCCCAGCCGCUGCCGCACCAGGGCCCGCCACAGCAGCAGCAGGCGCCGCAGCAGCCGCAGACCCAGCAGCUGCCGCAGUGGUCGCGCUUGGCACAGCUGCAGGCGGCAGGCACAGGGCUGCUGCAGGCCACUGGCAGCGGAGAUUGGUCUGAGCUGCGGAACGUGAUCCGCAACCCUGGGGCUGCCCUGUCAUCAAUCACCACAAAGAUCGGCAACCAGCUGCAGCCAGGGCUGGAGGCGCUGACUCAGCGGCUGGGCAACACCGCCCUCCUGGACUACACGAACCUGACGGCUGCAGGGGCAGCUGAGAGGCCACCCGUGCCCAACACGCAGCCCGUGCCGCAUUCAUCCGCCCUUGGCCCGCUCGCCGCCCUGCGAGCGCAGAUGGGCCUGCCGCCUGGGGGUCCCGCCGCCACUGUCGGGGGCGGCCGAGUGACCAUGCCGCCAGCCGGCCACCUGGCGGGCCUCGCCGCGCUCGGGCACGAGCUGCUGGGCGGCGGCGACAGCCACGGGGCAGGCGGCGCGCAUGACAGGGAUGCCGGGUUGGGGGCGGAGGUGCUGAUCUCAGCGGCUCGGCAGCGGCUGAUGGCGGCGGAGCCCAACUCCCUGCCAGUCGGCCACGCACGGCUGUUGGCUGCGGACUAUGCCAGCCUGAUGGGCGCGGAGCUGGAGCGCCAGCUGCUGAGGAGGCUUGCAUCCAGCGAGGCAGGCACGUCAUCAUCGGCACGCAUUGACCAGCAGCCGUGGCCCAGCGACUCUCUGCUGCGAGCGGCAGAGAGCGGCGCUGUGCGUUUGGUCGAUGUUGCGACGCUGCAGCAACAGUACGCGCGGCUGCUGGGUCCCAGCGUGGCUUGA